UGCAUUGUUCUGCUCAGUCAUUUGUUUACUUUCCCAGAUUGAGUACUGUCCCAUAAACAGACUGGAGCAAAUAACAACAGCAAAACAAAAUGGCUACUAAGUUUUCAGAGGAGGAUUUCUCCUGUCCUGUGUGCCAUGAUAUCUACAAGGAUCCUGUUGUCCUGCAAUGCAGUCACAGUAUGUGUAAAGUGUGUUUAGAGAAGUCCUGGGAAGCCAAAGGAUCCAGAGAAUGUCCUCUUUGUAGGAGGAGGUCGUCUAUACCUGAUCCACCCAGAAAUCUGGCCUUAAAGAACCUGUGUGAGACUCUCUUACAGGAGAAAAAUCCGAGUUCUUCACCAGCGUCUGAAACAGUCUGCAGUCUGCGCAGUGAGAAACUCUUCAGUCUGGAUGAUAAGCACUCGGUGUGUGUGAUAAAUCAGGAUUCAGGAAAACACAAUGAGCACAAAAUCUGCCCCACUAAUGAGACAGUAACUGACUGUAAGGAGGAGCUCAAAACUGCACUGAAGCUCCUACAGGAGAAACUGAAGAUCUUUAAAGACUGUAAUCUGAACUGGAGUCGGACUGCAGAACAUAUAAAGAUUCAGGCCCAACACACAGAGCGGCAGAUUAAGGAGGAGUUUGAGAAGUUUCACCAGUUUCUACGAGAUGAAGAGGCAGUCAGGAUCGCUGCACUGAGAGAUGAAGAGGAGCAGAAGAGUCAAAUGAUGAAGGAGAAGAUUGAGAAUCUGAGCAGAGACAUAUCGUCUCUUUUGGACACAAUCAGAGUCAUAGAAGAGGAGAUGAGAGCUGAAGACGUCUCUUUCUUACAAAACUAUGAAGCCACAGUGAAAAGAGCUCAGUGUACACUGCAGCAUCCAGAGGAGCUUUCAGGAGCACUGAUCCAUGUGGCAAAACAUCUGGCCAACCUGAAGUUCAGAGUCUGGGAGAAGAUGCAGGACAUUGUCCAAUACACACCUGUAACUCUGGACCCCAACACUGCUCAUUCUAAUCUCAUUGUAUCUGAUGAUCUGACCACUGUGAGACGCAAUGUUAAGAAACAGGAGCUUCCUGAUAAUCAAGAGAGAUUUGAUGAAUUUGAAUGUAUCCUGGGCUCUGAGGGCUUUAAUUCAGGGACACACUGCUGGGAUGUUGAAGUUGGAGGCUGUAAACAGUGGUCACUGGGUGUGAUGACAGAGUCUGCUCAGAAGAAGGGAGAUAUAUUUAACAGAAUUGGAAUCUGGUUUAUGUGGUGUAAGAACGGCAAACAUGCAGUAUGUUCUACACCACAUCCAACCACUCCCAUCUCAAUACCACAAGAACUCGAGAGGAUCAGAGUGCAGCUGGACUGGGAGAGAGGAAAGCUGUCAUUAUCUAACCCUAUUACUAACACAGACAUAUACACAUUCACACACACAUUCACUGAGAAAUUACUGCCAUUUUUAGCUAAUACAUAUAAAGAGAAUUCUCUGAAGAUCCUCCCACUUCAUUGCUCUGUAAGCGUGAAUCAGUUAGAGCUGGUUCAGAAAUAA